GUUGUGAAAAUUGCAACAUUUCUAUCAACAACGGAGAGUAUCGCGUCGGAUUUCAGCCCUGUGAUCAUUAAUAUUUCCAAAACAGCGCUCUUAGAUACCAACUUUGGCCUUCAUUUUCUCGGCUUCUAUUUAACGAAAAUGCUUCAUUUUUGGAAUUUGAGUUCUGGCUAGGAGUACAUUUCAAAUGAGUUAUUUUAUAAGCAUGAUCAUAUUGGGACUUUAUAGCAGUUCUAAUACCUUAAAUACCAAACAUAGCAAAGAGUGAAAAUAAAAUAAUUCUCAAUACUCUUUAACUUCAAUUCAACAAUAUUUUAAAGAUGUUUUCAAUAGUGAAAGCAUGAGAUGUGAGAAACUUUUCCCGCCUCUGUCGGCGACACGUGCUUGUGCUAGACAGAACACGAACUGUGCCCUCGGAUAUCUUUACAAGGAAAUGGUCUUAAACUAGGACAGUGGAACGUAAAUAAUUUAACGGACUCUAAGCUGGAGCAAAUAAGGUUACUACUAACCGCGUAUCAACAUGAAAUUGAUGUGCUUUUUCUAAUCAAAACCUUCCUCAAGCCAAAUAAGCCUGGCUGCGUUCUUCAAAUACCUGGCUACACGUUUUUCAAAAAAGACCGACAAGGAUCGAAGAAAGGCGGUGGAAUUCUUGCGUAUCUUGCUGACAGACUUAAGGUCGAAAGAAUCACAAGCCACAAACAUGUAAGUGUCCACAACUAAAUAAUAUCACAAAUGUGUUUACAUUCUUAGUAUGUUUUCUGAAAAAAAUCCUUGCGAUGCUUGUAGCCUCAGCAUUUUCCCAGCAAAAAUAGAGCAUAUACCAACUGCCAAAAUUAUUCAUUCUACAAAAAUGUACGAAGAAAGUUUGUAAAUAAAAACCUGAGUUUUAAUCACCAUUCAACCUUGGCAAUGUUAGCUUUGACUGCAGCAGUGUUAGCUCAGCUGGUACAGCAUGUGACUGCAAAACAUGAGGUCGAGGGUUCUAUUUCCGGGGCUGGACCAAUACUCAGGGUCUUAAAAUAACUGCGAAAUGAGGGUACUCCCUUUGCACUGCAAGCAGCUAGACCAUUGUGUGGCUCAGAUGACCACAUAAAAAGUGUCCCCAAUUAGUAAUUUUGUGCUAAAUAUACUGACACUCAAUUAAAGUUCUUUUUCUUUUACUUCUAAGAACUCAAAGUGAAAAAGUUACAGUGUAACAAUUUCAACAGUGGCCACCUAAGGACUUUUUAAUUUUAGUGGCUGAUGAAAAUUUCUUUUCAUUGUACAUCUUUUGUUGUAUCAAGCUUGUCCAUUUUUGCUGAAUAUUGUUUGCUUAUUUAAAGUAUUGCCUGACAGCUGAAAGAUGACGGUUUGGUUUAUUUACCAACACUGGUUCUACAUUAAGUAGCCACUUAUAAUUGAUUUGUUGCAUACCAUGUGUUGAGCUGAUGAACAUUGCUCAACAUAAUUUUUAUUUCAAAUAAUGAGUGAAAAUACUUGAAAGCUGGUUAAUUUUCCACUGAUGAGAAACCUUCAUGAGGAGUUAUAAAUUGUAAAGAUAUUUCCUACCUUCAAGAAAUCAAGUUUUGGGAAAGCAAUGUGUUUGCCCUUGCCAUAUAUAGUCAUGUAGUAAAAAAACAUUAAGUACAGGCUUCAUUAUUUUUGUUGAAGUCAACUUUAUUUAAUGUGAUGCAUAAGUACUGCUCCAAGAGAUUACUGCAUAUGAGAUGAAAGAGUGACAAUUUUUGAAUUUUUGAAGAGGGAGAUUGUAUUAACUGUAUAGUGUACCUUAUCUUUAGGAAAACCUUCUAGAGACAAAUUAUGGAAAAUCUUGUUUUUAUGAAAAAGACUUGUCAACAAUCACAAUGCCUAAAAUAGUUUAAGUGACCUCUUGUUAAUUAUGGAUUAUUGUUUUAUUUUCUAAAGUAAUUAAUUUUUUUUGUGAUAUAAUGUAAAUUUUAAUGCAUUAGCUUUAGUGGGGAAAGUUAAUUCAAUUUGAUUUGAAGUUAAUUUUAAUGUAGUAAUUACUGGGAAAGGACAAAGUGUGAAUUGUGCGAACUCCAUCUAAUAUACAGCAAAAUGCUUUAUUUGUACACCAUGUCUGUAGCUUUCGUUUUCUUAACUUUUGAUCUAUUGAUUUUGCUAAGUCCAUUUCCAACUUUCUUUUUCCUAGAAUUUGAGACAAGGAAAACAGCAACCACAAUGCAUCAAUAACGUAACCCCCAGAAACAUAGGAAUCUCAUUGUAAGAAGUCGUAUGGGAACAGUACAAUGGAAAAACGAAAAAUCGACAAUCCAAGAGUAGCAGUUAAUUUAUUGAAACAUGGCAUUAACAACAAUCAGGUAAAACCCUAUAAGUGCGAGUAUUGUGACAAGUGCUUUACCCAACGAUCAACUUGCAAGGAACUUGAACGUACUCAUACGGGACUAAAACCUCAGUGCAAGCAUUGUGAACAGUGCUUUGCACAUCUAGGGAAUUGUAAGCGCAUAUUGUCAAAUUGCAAGCGACAUGAGCGUACACAUACAGGCAUGAAACCCUUUCAGUGCAAGUAUUGUGAUAAGUGCUUUACACAUUCAUCAACUUGUAAGCAACAUGAAUGUUCACACACAGGAGAGAAACCCUAUCAGUGUAAGUACUGUGAUAAGUGGUUUACAUGUUCAUCAAUGUGUAAGCAAUAUGAACGUUCACACACAGGAGUGAAACCUUAUCAGUGGAAGUAUUGUGAUAAAUGUUUUAACUGAUCAUUACAUUGCAAGCAGCAUGAACGUACACACACAGGAGUGAAGACUUAUCAAUGCAAGUAUUGUGAUAAGUGCUUUGCCCAGUCAUCAAAUUGCAAGCAGCAUGAACUGACACACACAGGAGUGAAACCUUAUCAAUGCAAGUAUUGUGAAAAAUGCUUUAAAAAAUCAUCAUCUUGUAAGAGGCAUGAAAUUUCCCACUCAGGAGAAAAACCUUAUCAGUGCAGGUAUUGUAACAUAUGCUUUAACAACUCAUCAACUAGUGUGAGACAUGAACAAAUUCACAUUAAAGGGAAAUCUUCUAAAGAAGUUACAAGCCAGUUAAGCAUAUUUAGCUGUUGGAUAUGUCAAGAGGAAUUAAGUAGUCAGGAACUUCUUCUGGAACACUAUGAUAACUACAUGAGACCAGAGUGA